UAUAAAUCGAUCGAUUUGUCAUUCAACGUGUAAAGCGUGUAAAGUGCCGCAUUUCUUACAUCAGCAUUUUGCAUUUACAUCUGUGUAACUAAGAAAAUUUCAAAAUGGUAUUGGAUUUAGAUUUAUUCCGUUCCGAUAAAGGAGGAGAUCCCGAUAAAAUUCGUACGAAUCAAACGAAACGGUUUAAAGAUAUCGGCCUGGUAAAUACGGUGGUUGAAAAAGACACCCAAUGGAGACAAUUAAGACAUAAAGCGGAUAAUUGGAAUAAGUUAAAAAAUGUAUGUAGUAAAGAAACCGGUGAAAAAAUGAAAAAGAAGGAGCCUCAAGGUGAUCCUAAUGAAGAAGUGCCUAAAAACGUUGUUGAACAAUUAGAAAGUUUAACGGGUGAUCUUUUAAAACCGUUAACGGUGUCUCAAAUAAAAAAGGUUAGAGGAUUAAUUGAUGAUGCUAUUAGUAAAAAUGAAAAGGAUCUUUUGGAAGUAGAAAAAGAAAGGAAUUCGGCUUUAAGGGAAGUUGGAAAUCAUUUACAUGAAUCUGUUCCUGUUAGUAAUGAUGAAGAUGAAAAUAAAGUUGAGAGGACUUUUGGUGAUUGCACAAUAAAGAAAAAGUAUUCUCAUGUUGAUUUGAUUUGUAUGAUUGAUGGAAUGGAUGGAGAAAGGGGGGCUGUUGUUUCUGGAGGUAGAGGUUAUUAUUUAACUGGUCCAGCUGUCUUUUUAGAAUAUGCAAUAAUUCAAUUUGCAUUAAGAAAAUUGCAUUUAAAAAAUUAUAAACCACUUUACACUCCAUUCUUUAUGCGAAAAGAGAUUAUGCAAGAAGUAGCUCAACUUUCACAAUUUGAUGAAGAACUCUAUAAAGUGAUUGGGAAAGGUGAACGUGCUGAAGAUAAAGAAAUUGAAGAAAAAUAUUUAAUAGCCACUUCUGAGCAACCAAUUGCUGCAUUCCAUCGCGAUGAAUGGCUACCAGAAAGUUCCCUUCCAAUUCGUUAUGCUGGAAUAUCAACAUGUUUCCGUCAAGAAGUUGGUAGCCAUGGUAGAGAUACACGUGGUAUUUUCCGUGUCCAUCAAUUUGAAAAAGUUGAACAAUUCUGUAUCACAUCACCUUUUAAUAAUAAAUCUUGGGAAAUGAUGGAUGAAAUGAUUCAAAACGCCGAAGAUUUUUAUCAAGCUUUAGGAAUACCUUAUCGCAUAGUUAAUAUCGUUUCUGGCGCGUUAAAUCACGCAGCUGCGAAAAAAUUAGAUUUAGAAGCUUGGUUUCCAGGAUCAGGGGCGUUCCGAGAAUUGGUUUCUUGCAGCAAUUGUUUAGAAUAUCAAUCGCGAAGGCUUUUAGUCCGGUAUGGACAAACAAAAAAAAUGAACGCUGCUACAGAUUACGUUCAUAUGUUAAACGCAACAAUGUGUGCGACAACGAGGGUUAUUUGCGCUAUAUUGGAGGUACACCAAGGUGAAGAUGGGGUGAAAGUACCGGAUUGUUUGAAAGAAUUUAUGCCAGAAAUGUAUAGGGAUGUUAUUCCAUUUGUUAAACCUGCUCCAAUUGAUCUUGAACAAGCUUCAAAAAAGAAUAAGAAACAGAAGGAGGGGAUGGCUAAAAAGCUGGGGGCUGGAGAAGAAUAAAAAUGUACUGAGUUAUUGUAAAGGGAUAAAAAUUGUUAUUUAUUGGCAUUUAAAUUUUUUUUUGGAUGAGUUAGGUUAUAUUACUGUAAUUUGUCAUUUUUGAUCGAGUUGCUGCAAAAUAUACCUAAAAAUGAUGUGUUGAAAGCAAGAUUUUUUUUGUUUCAAGAC